AUGAUGCUGCCGGACGAGUUGGUUUUCGAAUGUUUGAUCAGGCUUUCCGGAAACGUUAACACGGCGGCCUCGGGUGGAAAGAAUUUACUCUUAAGAAACUAUUACUCCACUCUUCGCCGUCCUAAGGAGAAGCCCUUUGAAGAAUUCAGUCAUCUAAGUGAUGUAAAAGCUGAUCGUUGCCAGGGCGAAAAGGCCACCGAAAUGGUUAAUGGUCUUGUAUGUGUCCGGGAACUUGACAAUGGCUUAACUAUUUACAAUAUUUGUAUUGGGCAAGGAAUGAGGCUUCCUUUUGCCCCUGCACAACAUACGGCCGAACCAAUUUUGUGUUAUCAUUUUGGGUAUGACCAAACAAGUAGGAUGUACAAGCUAUUGCGAUUCGUACUUCCUUUAAACCCCUCUGAUGAUGGGGACUCUAACGAAGGUGAUCGAGUGUUUCAGGCUGAGAUAAUGACUUUGAGGCCCUCUGAUUCAGCAGUAUCCACAUGGAGGAAGCUGAACCCUGAUCGUUUCAGUUAUCUUGUUAUAACUGGUAACUCAUUGUCAGGUGAUGGCUUCAUAUGGUGGUUCUCAUUAUAUGGAUUUGUCUAUUUUGAUCUCAACAAAGAGAAGUUUCAACUUAUUGAAACUCCGGAAGAUGUCAAAGAUGUAAUAACAUUCAGGAAGUGUGUUUUUACGAAGUCCAUGGGACACCCAGCCAUAUUGGCGUUUCAUAAGGAACCUAACGAAUCACUAUGUUCUAAGCUUCGCGUGUUUGAAAAUGACCAGAGUAACAUCUGGAAUAAGUAUCAUAUUCGAUUUCCUCAAGAACUUGGGAAUGCGGAACACAGAAUUAUUGAUGCUGGAAACCUCCUCACUGGUAGGUUUGAACGUUUCUUUGUUGGAGAGCUUCCUGAUUUGCCGUUCCCUGAUAGGCCUCACGAUCUGGUGUUUUUCCGGGAUCAAAGUUUUAGGUUUAAGAUAUCGUGUUUACAUGAUAAUAAUGUCCUCCACCUGUUAUUGGUUGAUGUGCUGUGUCGUGAAGAUGCAAUGAGAUAA